ACUCUAUUAAUGGACGUAAUUAUUGAACAAUAUAUCAAUUUAUCAAUAAAUAAAUGACUGAUUUGUGAAUUGAAUACAAAAAAUAAACAACAAUUAAAUUGAGACCAAAUGUCGCGACUAUUGAGCGGAUUAUCAAUCGCGCAACGGUUGGGAAGUUGUCGAUCGUUGAGCACAUCCGCAGCGGUCUUCGGGGGAGAGUACAGACAAUUGGGUUCCUUGAAGUCGAUGGAGUGGAAGGACAUCACCGACCGGUCGAUGCAAUCCAUACUCAUCACAGAAAUGACUCGAGGAAUGGGCGUCGCGUUGGGGCAGAUGUUCAAAGAGCCGGCGACCAUCAACUACCCCUUCGAGAAGGGACCCAUUAGUCCGCGCUUUCGCGGCGAACACGCCCUCAGGCGCUACCCGUCCGGCGAAGAGCGCUGUAUUGCGUGCAAACUGUGUGAAGCCAUUUGUCCGGCGCAGGCCAUCACCAUCGAGGCCGAGGAGAGGGCCGACGGGUCCCGACGCACCACCCGUUACGACAUCGAUAUGACGAAAUGCAUUUACUGCGGCUUCUGUCAGGAGGCGUGUCCGGUCGACGCCAUCGUCGAGGGACCCAACUUCGAGUACUCCACAGAAACGCACGAAGAGUUGCUCUACAAUAAGGAGAAACUGUUGAACAACGGCGACAAAUGGGAGGCAGAGAUCGCCGCCAACUUAGAGGCCGACCAUCUCUACCGUUAGGGCGCCGACGGCUUGUUGUUGGCUUCAAAUUGUUGUUUUAGAUAUUAAUUACAUGUAUAUUUAGGCUUUGAUUUAACAAAUAU